GUUUUGAAUACUUUUAGUACGCUCUUAGCUACCUAUUUCUGUUAUUGUAAAAUCUGCUUAAAAAAAACUAAGAAUUAAUUACUUUUUUUUUAUUUAUUGCAUCCGCUGGUGGCAACAAUCUUUUACAUUUUUCAAGAAGAGAAGAGUGGUGAAAAGAAGAGUUAUUUAUUAUUUGCUCACUCACUCUUUGCAUUGUAAGCUACGAGAUAGCAGGGAUUUCCAUUUUUGAAUACUGUUUUCCUUUAAACAGCAAAAAUUGAUUCCCCGGGGAGUGAAGAAAUGAGUUCAUCUGAGGAAGUGUCAUGGAUCUCCUGGUUCUGUGGUUUGAGAGGAAAUGAAUUUUUUUGUGAGGUUGAUGAAGAUUAUAUUCAAGACAAGUUCAAUCUCACUGGACUCAGUGAACAAGUUCCUCAUUAUCGUCAAUCAUUAGACAUGAUUUUAGAUCUAGAACCUGAUGAUGAACUGGAAGAAAAUCCCAACCAGAGUGAUUUAAUUGAACAAGCUGCUGAAAUGCUGUAUGGCUUAAUACAUGCUCGGUAUAUUUUGACCAACCGUGGAAUAGCUCUAAUGAUUGAGAAGCAUCAAAAUGGAGAUUUUGGUACUUGCCCAAGAGUUUAUUGUGAGAAUCAGCCUAUGCUUCCAAUUGGAUUAUCUGAUGUACCAGGAGAAUCUAUGGUGAAACUAUACUGUCCAAAAUGCACUGAUGUUUACAAUCCUAAAUCUUCACGUCAUAAUCAAACGGAUGGUGCUUAUUUUGGGACAGGAUUUCCUCAUAUGCUGUACAUGGUUCAUCCAGACUACAGGCCUAAAAGACCUACAAAUCAGUUUGUUCCAAGAUUGUAUGGUUUUAAAAUUCAUCCUUUGGCAUAUCAAAUUCAGCAGCAAGCUAGUGCAAACUUUAAAGCUCCUGUUCGGGCAAUUCCCUUCAAUAACAACAAGCGAUAGAUUUUGGGAAGAUUGGAUUGUGUCAAGAACUUUAUUUAAUGCAUUUGGUAUAUAUGUAAACAAGAGAUUUGAUGAAUCUGAUUUCUGUUUAAUAUAGCUGAAUGUAAAAUUUGUUUUAGUAGGUUUUAUUAAAUAAUUUCUUCUAAGA